GAGCAACACAAACUUCCCGAAGUUAGCUUUAUCAACAAUAAUUUAUCCUAAAUAUCGAAUAGAAAUAUUGCAUAACUUAAUUGAAAGGACAUUAAAGAAGUAGAAGAUUUACUUUAAAUGCCAAAUGGAACAGAUGUGGAAUGAAGUGAUAAUAUUUUGGACGUAUUUGGAUUAUUUGCCAGCCUCUAAUGACAGAUCCACGCGAACUGGCCGUAAACAACUGGCCAAUGAACUAAUUUAAAUUGAGUGCACUGUGGCAGGGCGGGGCUUGUUAAAUCUGUUGAAUAGUGGUGUUGAACAUGGGUUGAAAAUUAUUAUAAGGACAUCUUACGAAGACUAUAGCUCUGCCAAAUGAGCAAUGAUAUGAGAUAUCUUUUGUGAAUAGAUCUAUCACUUUUGUCUUUAAAUCUCGAAAUGUGAAAGAUUCCUAAUCCUAGAAGAAUAAACACAAACAGUUGCAAUAUGGCAGAACCCCCCAGGGAAACUGUCAACAAAGACACAUCAAAGCUAAAAUCAGAACAAGAUAAGGAAAAACCCUAUGUGUGUGACAUUUGUGAUGCUAGGUUUUCAGUACAACUUAGUGUUCAACGACAUAGAAAAAUUCAUACAGCGGAAUUUAAAUGCAGCGUGUGUGGUAGACAUUUUUCUAGCCGAUAUGAUCUGGAAGUCAGACAUAUGCACAUUCACACAAAAGAGCUGCCAUACAAAUGUUUAGUUUGUUGCAGCACGUUCCGUACUCGAAAGUUAUAUAAGGAACACACUUGUGCUAAUAUUACUUCUCCUGUACUUUUUUGUGAUGUGUGUGGUGACAGAUUUCUAUUGGAAGAUGAUUUAGCAAAACACAAAUCAAGCCAUGGUAAGAAGAGAAAAUCAAGUGAUGUGAGCACAUCAGAAACAGAAAAUAAACAUUCUAAGCUAACAGUUAAUGCUGAGCCAGUACCAAUUUUGCCAUCUGUCGAAAUGCAAACAAUUCUUCCACAUGGAAAUGAAGAAAAUUUAAACAAUGCUAAUAUUCAGGGUGAAGUAAAUUCAGAAUUUAUGACAGCUAGUAAUGCGCCAAACCUAAUGAAUUAUGAACAACAACUUAUGAUGCCUAUUUCAAAUGGGAUUAUCACCACAGUCCCUCAGCAGAUUCCUGUUGAAAGAAGCAAUAUGAUCCAAACAGAUUCAACUCUAACAAACCUAGUGUCUGUGUUGCAAAAUAUGCAAUCAGACCAGUCUGAUAUGUUUUAUUCACCGAAUACUGUACCAAUAGUUCAAGGAGGAUUCAUGAAUGUGUUAAAUGUGACGGAUGCUAAUACUGUUAAUAUGUUUAACAGUGAACAACUAACUAUGAUGGCUCCUUUAAAUAAUAUUCAGGAUAAUUAUUCCACAAAUUUAAAUACAAACUCAUUUAUUCAAAUUCAACCAAAUUGCAGUGAUAUGAAUCUUAAUGACAUUCAGAAUUUUCAGACAACUAAUGUCAUCAAUGCAAACACAUUUAUUCCAUCACAGAAUGUGUCUGCUGGUUAUGCAAUUCAAACAACCCUACCACCUAUUGUACAAACCAGCAAUAUACCCACAGUAGCCAGUACUCUACAAACUAUAUUAAAUUUGCCACCUAUGGAAUCAAUGACCACCAUACCUACAGUAACUAGCCCUUUUCAGACAAUGCAACAAUGUGUGCAGGCAAUGCCUGCUGUUCAACAAAUUAACAAUGUAUCCACAGAAAGCAAUACUUUACAAACAGUGUCAUCCAUGCAGACAGUUCAAUCAAUCCCUCCGUCAACUUAUGUGCAACCUAUUCAAUCAGCUAGUACGUUACUGCAGCAAUACAUACAAGCAGUGCCAUCGCUUCAGCAAAACAGCCAUUUACCUUCUGUGACAGACACUUUACAACAGACUUGUUUGUCGCCAGUGACUCCUCUUCAGUCAACCAACAACUUACCAAUAGUAACCAAUGGCCCACAGUCAACAUCAUACGUUACACCAAUUCCAUCAGUUGGUACUUUACAGAUGAUGCAGGUAGAACCACCUCUUCAACAAAUCAGCAAUUUACCCGGCACCCAACAGUCAGCAUCAUAUGUACAGCCUAUUCAACCAGACUAUAAUAUAAGUAAUCCCUCACAAACGGUCUCAAAUGUACAACCAGUACCCCUUCCUUCUAAAACUGAUAAAACUAAGCAAUUCAGUAUGGAUUCAAGUGUCAAACGAACUUUUCACUGCCCUAAGUGUCCCAAAAAAUACUACAAACAAAGCUUAGUUGAUAAACAUAUGGUUCUUCACACAAAUCCAUUUGUGUGUCAAAUAUGUGGUAAAAAAUUUAUGACAAAGGCAGCUCUUGAAUUAAAGCACAUGCUGGUACAUAAAGCUGAGAAUGAUUUAAAGAAUAAUGUUUCAAAUGAUUUAGAUGACAUUUUACAUGCUGUCUCCAAUGAAGAUUAUGUCAUUGAGCCAAAAGAAGAAGAUGCUGCAUCUGUUCGAUACGAUUCCACGGAAGAUGAAUCUUCUAGAUUAAGUGCAGAUAGUUCUGCUGCUGUCAGCAGUACUCUGUCUGUGAGCAGUUCAAAGUAUAAAGAUAGACCUUUUCCAUGUAGUCAGUGUGGUAAAAGAUACAUCCUAAAAAUCCAUCUUAAUAAUCAUAUGGCAAUACAUACUAAUCCUUUCAUUUGUCGAAUAUGUGGAAAAAAAUUUUCCUCAAAAGAACUUUUGGAAAAAAGACACAUGUUAGUACAUAAAGCAGAUCAUGACUUGAAGAAUAAUGCCACAAAUGGCAUUGAUGACAUUUUACUUGCUGUGUCAAAUUCAAAUUUUGUUGUAGAGAAAAAAGAAGAUGAGAAUCUUCUUAAUAAUCCUAUGUUGGAUUCAUCCACAAUAUCAAGUUUAUCUGUACUGGAUAAUGAUAGUAUGAACAUGCCACAACCAAUAAAACAAGAAGUAACAGACUCACAUAAGACUGAAAGACCAUUCUCAUGUACUUUAUGUAAGAAAUCUUAUACUUUGCAAAAACAUCUUGACAAGCACAUGGUAAUUCAUAAUAAUCCCUUCAUCUGUAAACACUGCCAGAAAAAAUUUACAACUCAAUUAGCAUUAGUUACUCAUAUAAAUAGGUUUCAUGAAGAUGUAUCUCAGUCAGCAGUUCAGCCAGAAAAAGAAUCUAAUGAAAACAAGGUCAUUCAUGAUUUACUCUUGGCUGCAGCCACACAGCAGAAUAAUCUUGAUGCAGUAGCUAAAUCUUCUACAGAUUCAAGUCCCUCAGUUAAUACACCUUCCACUGAAAAUGCUAGUCUUAAGUUUACUCACCAUGGAAUCCCACCUUCUAAAUUCAAAUGCCCUCUGUGUCCCAGAAAGUAUUUGCACAAAUUUAAUUUAGACAGUCAUAUGAAAGUCCAUACUGAUCCUGUAAUUUGCAAUGUAUGUGGCAAGAAGUUUGCCACAAAGUUUGUUUUAGAAAAAAUGCAUAUGCCAAAAUGCAGUGGUGCUGUAGAUGUUAAACCAUCUGGCCUAACAUUAACUACCCAACACAACAAAAUAGAAACCAUUAAUACAAGUGGGAACAUUAUGAGCACUUCAAACCAAAGUAUUCUGGAUAACCAACACCAGAAUAUGAUAGCUUCUCCAAACCAACUUCAGAAUGUGAAGGCUUCUCCAAACCAACACCAGAAUGUGAUGGGUUCUUCAAACCAGAACAUAGUAGUUUCUACAACACAGCCUGGCCCAGGAAUGGCUAUAUAUAAUGAAGGAACAUCAAGUGAACCGAUUCAAGGUGCACCUGUGGUAGUGCAAGACCUCAUAGCUCAAGCUAUUCUAAAAGAUAAACCUUAUGAAUGUAAUGUGUGUAAGAAACGAUAUUCUGUGAAAGUUAACCUUACAAAACAUAUGGUAAUACAUCUCAAUCCUUUUGUAUGUAAAAUAUGUGGAAAGAAAUUUUUAAGUAAGGCAGCAUUGGAAAUAAAACACAUGCCCAUACAUGGAACAAAUUCAUCAAAGGCAGCUGAAACACCUAGGGAUAUCACUGGUAUGGAUCAAAGCAAUAUGGGUACACCUCAAGAAUUAUUAAAUAGGAAUCAGGAAUUCCAAACAGCUGGAACUAUUGUGAAGCAAGAACCUGGAAUAACUGAAAACAGCAGUAUUAAAAAGAUGAAACCUUUAAAAGCAGCACAAAAACUUCAGAGAACAUGUCAGUGCCCUUAUUGUCCAAAAGCCUAUUUUUCAUCAAAGAAACUCAUUCUUCACCUACAAUGGCAUUCUAAAAAAUAUGCCUGUGAAAUAUGUGGGAAAACUUUUACGAGUCAAAAAGCAUUAGAAGAAAGGCACAUGAAGUCCCACUUUAAACGUCUCAAUAGUUCCAGUACAGAUACCAAUAUUAGUAUGGAAUCCAGCAGUGUUGCCAAUGAUUCAAAUAACCAAGAUGUUAAAAUAAAUACAGACAAUACAGAAAUGCUUAGCUGUACAAUUUGUAACAAAAAGUAUGCAGAAAAAAGAUUCCUACAAAAACAUAUGGUCUUGCAUACAAAUCCCUUUGUUUGUAAAAUCUGUGGUCGCAAGUUUUCUUCCAAGCAUGCUUUGGAGAGAAAGCACAUGUUGACUCAUCUGAAAAAGCAACCAUUUAACUUUGAUAUAGAGGGCACACUGUAUGAUUGCUGCUUCUGCAGAAAAGUCUAUACCUUCAGGAAGAAUCUAACUACACAUUUAGAAGGGCAUACAAACCCUUCAACUUGUAAAAUCUGUAAACAAGUAUGUGGUGACUUUCAGGAAAUGGAAUUUCAUGCUCUGAUGCACAUUAAGAAUACCAUAGAGGAAAAACACAGCCCACCAAUUCCACCAGUUCCACCAUUUCAAAAGAAAAUUGAUCCACCAACUCUUCAGUUCUUUGCAGCACUAGUUGUUAUGUCUAAUCCCAUAGGAGAUGAUGUUCAACAGGCUCUUGCAGAAAAACUGGCUGUAUUAACCCUAGAGAAACUAGAGCAGGAAGAACUUGAGGCCAUUGGUGAAAGUGAAGAAAACUGCAAUGAGAAAACAACGAAUAUGAAAAGUGGCACCACUUUCCUAAAAUGUCCAUUCUGUGAGAAAAGAUACUCCCAAAAACAGUAUUUGGAUCGUCAUAUAGGUGUCCAUACUAAUCCUUUUGUUUGCAAAGUAUGCGGAAAAGCAUUUUCAUCACGAUAUGCUCUAGAAGCCAAACAUAUGUUAAUACAUUCAUCAGAAACACCAUACUGCUGUACCGUUUGUCAUCAAGGAUUUAAAGAACUCAGACGUCUGCGCGAACAUGUGAAUAAAAAACAUGCCAGUGUCACGCCUCAUGUUUGUAAACAAUGUGGUUUUCGUUUUGUGGAAGCAAAUGAGCUGAAAGAGCAUUCCUUAACCCAUGUGAAGCAGGCAUACCAGUGCGGAGAUUGUCGUAGGAAUUACUUUAGUCAGGCAGCUUUAACAGAACAUAUGAAAUGUCACACUGGACAGCGGACUGUUGCUUGUGAAGAAUGUGGUAAUUUUUUUGUUUGUCAAUCAACGUUUGAUAAACACUUACUUUACACUGAUAAAGAAAACAAACAAUAUGUAUGUCAACCAUGUAGUCAUAGUUUCAUGCAUAAAGCUCAAUUUUAUGUUCUUGGUCUUGUUUUUGAGAGAAAAACACUGAUGGACAAAAAAGACAAUAUCAACAAAAAGAGCUGCGAUGAAAAUAAUUUGAUGCUCAACAAGAGAGGUCUUGGUUCAAAUUUGGAGAAUAGUUUUAAUCAAUUGCCAUUAACUGAUGUUGAAAUAGUUAAUGUUCAUAAAAAUAUCAGUGGUAGUGAUGAACAUCAUGAUGCGAACAUAGGCUUUAGUAAUUAUAUAAUCGAAACUGUAGCUGAUUUAUCUUCUUUGAAUAACUCUGCAAUAUGUGAAAGCAACGAUUCUUCAAUUAUGAACAUGACAAAUAUUAAUGAUUCUUAUUUGGUGCAAAAUUCUUUGUGCAAUAAUGUUAUGAAUUCAGAUUCUGUAAUGGUUUCUGCUAAUGUCUCUGAAAUUGGUACCAAGAGUGAUGGCGUAGUUUUAUCUGAAAAAGAUGUCUCUUUAGUUCAACAUUCAGAAACAGAGAAUCUCGCUUUAGCUCAAUCCAAUGAUAUGAUCAAUAUUGCCUUAGCUACAAAAGCCGGUCAAAAUGUGGCCAUACCUAACAUAACCAACUAUAAUUUGUCAGAUUUUAAGACCUUCACUGAUUCUAUAAUUGGGCAGUUAGUUUGUGGGGAUGCUAAUCAAGAUACAAAAACAACAUUGAAUACAAACUGUGACAGCAUUGAGGCAUUGAACACAAUCAGUGAAACUUGGAAUGAUAUCAGUGACAACAGUGCAGUUUUGAACCGUAACAACAGUGAAGCAUUGAAUACAUUCAACGGGGAUAAUAGCGAAUCUGUAUGUAAAAGCAGUGGGGACAAUAGUAAAGCUUUGGAUACAAUCAGUGACUGUGGUGGAUCACUGAAUAUAAACAAUGACACUAGCCAACCUUUGAAGACAGUUAGUGACAACAGUGAAGGUUUGGAUACAGUAACAGGCAGUAGUAGUAUAUCUUUGAAUAUGGUCAAUGGUGACAAUAGUGAAGUAUUGAAUGUUGACAUUAGUAACAGUGAAGCAUUGAAUACAACUGCUGACAACAGAGAAGCUUUGAAUACAACCGAUUGUGACAAAAAUCAAGUACUGAACAAAACCACAGGCUGUAGUAAAGCACUGAAUACCAUCAGUGACACUAGUGACAAACUGAAAACAACCAGUGAGGACAGUAAAGCAGGAAAUACAAUCAGUGGCACUAGUGACAGGCUGAAUACAACCAAUGAGGGGAGUAAAGUACUGAAUACAAUCAGUGACAUUAGUGACAAACUGAAUACAAUCAGUGAGGACAGUAAGGCACUGAAAACACCCAAUGGCACUAAUGAGAAAGUGAAUACAACCAGUGAGGACAGUAAGACACCGAAAACACCCAAUGGCACUAAUGAGAAAGUGAAUACAACCAGUGAGGACAGUAAGGCGCCGAAAACACCCAGUGCCACUAAUGACAAAGUGAAUACAACCAGUGAGGAUAGUAAAGCACUGAAAACACCCAGUGACACUAAUGACAAACUGAAUACAACCAGUGUGGACAGUAAGGCACUGAAAACACCCAGUGACACUAGUGACAAACUGAAUACAACCAGUGUGGACAGUAAGGCACUGAAAACACCCAGUGACACUAGUGACAGGCUGAAUACAACCAGUGAGGACAGUAAAGCACUGAAAACACCCAGUGACACUAGUAACAAACUGAAUACAACCAGUGUGGACAGUAAUGCACUGAAAACACCCAGUGACACUAGCGACAAACUGAAUACAACCAGUGUGGACAGUAAGGCACUAAAUACAAUCAGUGGCACUAGUGACAGGCUGAAUACAACCAGUGUGGACAGUAAAGCAGGUAAUACAAUCAGUGACACUAGUGACAAACUGAAUCCAACCAGUGAGGACAGAAAAGCACUGAAUAUAGGUACUGAACAUAUAACCUGACCUGAGAUAAUGAAUGCCUAAAAUUAUUUCGAUGUAUUUACCAGAUAAAUAUAAUAUAGGGUGAGUUUUGUUUGUCAGACUUCUCACAAAACCGCUGUUUUCAUUAGUAGAAAAGUAGGAUGUCUAUAUUUUUCAUUGUACAUUUAGAAGAAUAGUAUGACAUUGUAUUGUAAAGACACAGAAAAAGUUGUAUAAACAUAUUCUGGGAUUUCACAAAAAUGCUGUGGUUUGCAUCUGAAAUCUUAAUAGCGAACCACCUUAUUGUGAGUUUCCAGUGAUACAUGUUUUUGUUUUUUUUCAUUCAGAUAUACACAUGUACAGGUAAAAUUAUCUUGAACCAUUUUUACAUCAAAAAUAUUGACCAUAAACUAUGAAGGUAGAUCUUACUCCUUUAAAUUUGAAUCAAGAUUUAAUCGUUGGAUAGAGAGAGCUUGAGAUCUCUUUGAAUAAACUGCAGUAGUUAGUCACUUUAAAUAAUGUUGUGAGUUAGAGAAAGACAACUUUAUCCAUAGUUAUUAAAAUACAGAUCAAUACUGUACUGAACAUAUAAUCCAUAAGAUAGUGGUAUUUUUGGGUUUUUUUUAUUAAAAUAUAAAUGUGUAUAUAUACUGAUAAGUAGUCAUUGGAGCAGCUGUAGCAAUAGUGUCAAAACAUGUUAUUAUGGUAAACUGGCUUUACCAGAAACCUGCAGUGUACAAAUAUAUAUUUUUAUACGCCCACAUUGAAAUGUGGUCGUAUAUUGUCGUCGCCCCCGUCCGUCCGGCGGUCCGGCAUCCACAAUUGCUUGUGGACGCUCUAGAGGCUAAAGUUAAUAUCCAAUUGACUUUAAAUUUAUACACAGUGUUUAAGGUCAUGAGACAAAGAAGCCUAUUGAUUUUCAACGAUUUCCGAUAAUUACUGCCAGAGUUAUGGCCCUUUAUCACUUCAAAAAGUCUUGUGGACACCCUAGAGGUCAAAGUCAAUAUCCGAUUGACUUUAAUUUAUACACAGUGUUUAAGGUCAUGAGACGAAGAAGCCUAUUGAUUUUCAUCAAUUUCCGAUAAUUACUUCCAGAGUUAUGGCCCUUGAUCACUUUAAAAAAUCUUGUGGAUGCUCUAGAGCUCAAAGUUAAUACCCGAUUGUCUUUAAAUUUAUACACAGUGUUUAAGGUCAUGAGACAAAGAAGCCUAUUGAUUUUCAGCGAUUUCCGCUAAUUACUGUCAGACUUAUGGCCAUUGAUCACUUUGAAAAAAUCUUGUGGACGCUCUAGAGGCUAAAGUUAAUAUCCGAUUCAGUGUUCAAGGUCAUGAGACGAAGAAGUCUAUUCAUUUUCAGCAAUUUUCGAUAAUUACUGCCAGAGUUAUGGUCCUUGAUCACAGUAUUUAACUUCAUGAGACGAAGAAGCCAAUUGAAUUUCAGCGAUUUGCAAUAAUUACUGCCAGAGUUAUGGCCCCUGAUCACUUUGAAAAAAUCCUGUGGACGCUCUAGAGGCUAAAGUUAUUAUCCGAUUGAGUUUAAAUUUAUACACAGUGUUUAAGGUCAUGAGACGAAGAAGUCUAAUUAUUUUCAGCGAUUUUUGAUGAUUACUGCCAGAGUUAUGGCCCUUGAUCACAUCAAAAAAUCUUGUAAAUGCUCUACAGGCUAAAGUUAAUAUCCAAUUGACUUUAAAUUGAUACACAGUGUUUGAGGUCAUGAGACAAAGAAUCAUAUUAAUUUUCAACGAUUUUCGAUAAUUACUGCCAGAGUUAUGGCCCUUGAUAACUUUGGAAAAUCGUGUGACGCUCUAGAGGCUAAAGUUAUCAUCCGAUUGACUUCAGAUUGAUACACAGAGUUUAAAGUCUUGAGACAAACAAGUAUAUAUUUUUUUUCAUUGAAUUUUGAUAUAAAAAUAUGUGACAACUCUUGUUGACUGCCCGGAAGAUUUAGCUGCUCUAGGCAUAUGUUUCGUUGCCUGACAACCUAUCUUUUUGUUUACAGUCAGACAAAAUUCUUAAAUUAUUUUAGUCUUGAUUUAUAUAAGUCUAGUACACCAUAAAUACAUGUAUAUACAUGUGAAUGUGCAAUAUAAAAUUCUAAUAGCUUUUUCCAUACUACUGGAAUAUAAACAGUUUAUGUACAUUUAAAGCUUAUUUACACACUUUCAUAUUAAAGCUUAUUUAUAAACUUUUAUAUAAAGUUGAGGUCAUUAUUAUUAUGCUAGUAAAAUUUUGUGGAGACAUCACAUACAUUAUAAAAUUUCUCAUGUAAUGGUUAAUUAAGUCUAAACAAUUUGUUAGAAAAAUGGUGGAUUUAUGUUUUUCUGUAAUGUAUUAUGAUGUUCACUUUUUGGGAUUUGUUACUUUGGUUGGUGAAAUUGGGAAAGUCUUCUGUUUAUAGAAAAUAGCAUUUCUUAACUGCCAGUGCUGGUUAUUACCAGUAAUAUGUUAUUAAUGUGUCAACUUAAAUUUUAUAGGUGCUCUUAAACUAUUAGUCCAAUAAAAUUUAUUGGAAAAGUAUAAUCUGUUAGAUGUAACAUUUGCAUUAAGGUAAUAUGCAUUUCUGGUCAGUAAGAUAGACAAUUCUCUCAAUCCUACUACUGUAGGUCAUUGUUUAUAGCUUUAAGGCAUAAUUAUUGUCUUAGAACUUAUAGAAUAGAAUUGAUAAUGUUAUAUUAUGCCAGUAGUAUAUGUUUAUACAAUCAGAUUAGAUCAAUAUCUAGAAUUGUAUGUAUGGUUAUUGUUAUUAUUUCUUAUUUUAUUAUCAAUCAAAUGAAAAUACAGAUUAAAUGGGUUUUUUUUACUCUGUAGCAGCAGAAUCAACAGUUUUUAGUAUUUUUUUUUUCAAAUAUUGUUUCCAGACCUGUUUGACAAAUGUAUUCAUACUUGUAACCCUAAAAUUUUUAUUUAAAAGAGUCUUGGUAAGAUAUCUUCAGAUACAGUGUAUGCAUGGUGUUUGAUAAAUGUUUACACUGUUUUUAUGUGUCAAUUUUUUGUAGAAUAUUUAUGAAGAAAUAUUUCCAUAUAUGUAGAUAAUUUUUUAUGGACUAACAAUUAACAUAAAGACACAAAAAUAAAUGGGUGACUAAAAGGCCUUCGAAUCAUUAGAUCCUUCCCUGCAAUCAGUAGAAGCAAGUGUUAUGUUAGACACGGUUUGUUAUUUGGCAAUCAAGUAUUGUAUCAUUACACCAUGGUCAGUUCCAGCUUGUGAAGACAACUAUUGCAAAGCAAACUGUCUACUGGAUGCAGGGCCGUUUAUAAAGGUGCUGUUCCAUUUAUGUUAUUAAGCCUGUUUAUAAGCUUCUAAAAUAUAUUCUUAGCAAGGUAGCCAAGAGAAUAUAGUCUUUAAUUUGGCUGAGAUUUUAUGAGAGUACUCCAUCUUCAUGUUAUCCAGAUCAGCUCGAAGAAACCACAGCUAUUAGCAUGGAUUCCGAAGCAAUCAAUAUAGAACAUUACAUUUUAAGAUAAACUUUGUUGUGUGGUUUAAAUCUUAAUGUAUCAUGAUUUUAUUUACUCUUACAAACAGUUGUAUUGAAGACUAUCAUCAGCAAUUUUCUUCAUGUAUGUUAAUUUUACACAUAUGACUGUCCAAAAAAAACAAAAACUGGCUAAAAAGUUUGGAAAUUUUAUGGUUAGGUGAUAUUAAAGUUGGUCAUAUUAUACAAUGACACAAUUCAUCAGGUUAACAAUCCUAUAUGUAAAUCUGGUCUAUUUAUAUAGCUAUAUCAUUAUUACCCAUUUAUGUGUGUGUGACAAGUUAUUAUAUAUUUUAACAAUUAUGUAAUAAAGA